AUGGAUUUCAAUUUUGAAAAUUGUAUUAAAGAAGGCUUGAAAAAUUUGACAAUUACACCUGCAGCUAAAAAUAAAAAUGAAGAAGAAUAUUUCAAAGAAGUCAUGCAGCAAGAUGACACAGGAGUUGUUAUACUUAAGAGAUUAUCUGGUAGUGAUCUACCAAUAUUUUAUAUACCACAAAUUACCGAAGAAGUCAAUGUUUUUAAAGCUCAACUAAGAGCUGAAGCACGCGGUCGUUUUUUUGAAAGAGAGCUGUCAAGACUAUUAACUAGUGAAGAGUUAAAAUAUAUGUGGUCAUUGCUUCAAGAACAUCAGACAUCAUUGAAUGAUUUUAUUCAUAACCAGUACAUAAAUUAUAAAAGUUUUAUUCAAGUCAAACAAAAAUUAAAUGAUAAAUACAAAUUGUUUUUCAACCCUAGUAUAUUUCUACAGUUACAAGACAGUAGGAUGAAAGGUUAUUUAUCAAUAGAUACGUUCUUUAAUUAUAUAAUGAAAAAAAUAUGGAUAGACCAAACUAGAAAUGGUCUUUCUCAAUAUGAUUCAAGUGGUUGUGGUUAUUUAAGUGAAGCGGAUUUUGAAGCUUAUAUUUUAGAUCUUAUACCUACAUUAACACAGUUGAAGAAAUUAGAAAAAAUGUUUUAUUCAUUUUAUUCAUGCAUGGUUGUAAGAAAAUUUUUUUUCUACUUGGAUCCUCUACGAACUGGAAAAAUACAAAUAAUUGAAAUCCUAUCUUGUGGUUUUCUUGAUGAGCUCUUGGAGCUCCGCGAAGAAAAUUGGAGCAAGGAAUUACAGAAAAAAAAUUGGUUUUCUGUUCCAUCUGCUCUUCAUAUUUAUUCAUCAUAUUUAGAAUUGGAUAAAGACCAUAAUGGAUUGUUGAGUCGCCAAGAAAUAACAGGGUAUAAAUCAGGUGCUCUCACUUCAGUAUUUUUAGAUAGAGUGUUCCAAGAUGCAUUUACUUAUGCUGGUGAAAUGGACUACAAGGGUUAUUUGAACUUUGUAUUGGCUAUAGAAAAUCGGCACGAACCUCAAUCUCUACGAUAUUUAUUUAAAUUUUUAGAUAUAAAGAAUCAAGGAUACUUGGAUUCAUUUACCAUCAACUAUUUUUCUAGGGCUGUUGCCGACAGAUUACCUAAGGAGCAACAACAGAUGGUUUCAUUGGAAGAUAUAAAAGAUGAAAUAUUUGAUAUGAUCAAGCCAGAAGAUCCAAAUAAAAUAACUUUAAAAGAUAUUAUACGCAGUAAGAUGGGUCAUAUAUUGAUGAACAUUUUGAUAGAUUUUAAUGGAUUUUGGUCUUAUGAGUUCAGAGAAACUCUAGCAAAUAAUCGUAUCCCUGACAAUAACUUUAACGAAAGUUUUGUUACACAUUAA